AGAGAGAGACAGAGAGAGAGACCAAAUAAAGACAUAGGUGCGUGUGCUGCUGGGAGGGGAGAGCCUGUUAACAUGCUAUAAAUAUUUAAUGCAUCUGGAGGUUCAGGGUUGGCUACUGUCUGGGUCUCAGCCCGACCACAUCACAGGCUCUAUGUUGAUCUAGAGAUUCAUAGAAUUAUUGAUUUAUUGGACUGGGACAGGGAUUGGACCAUCCCGGAGGUGACAGGCCAUCAUGCCUCGGAUAGACGUGGAUGUGAAGCUGGACUUUAAAGAUGUCCUGUUCAGACCCAAGAGAAGCAGCCUGAAGAGCAGGUCAGAGGUGGACCUACGGAGGACGUUCACGUUCCGUAAUUCCAAAAAGAGUUACCAUGGCAUCCCCAUCAUCGCUGCCAACAUGGACACCACGGGCACCUUUGAGAUGGCACAGGUCCUCAGCAAGCAAACUCUCUUCACCGCCAUGCAGAAGCACUACACUGUGGAGGAGUGGAAGGCUUUUGCAGCCAAGUUUCCAGAAUGUUUGGAGCACGUAGCGGUCAGUUCAGGCAGCGGUCAAGCCGACCUGGAGAAGCUGUGCAGCGUCCUGGAGGCCGUCUCUGACAUCAGAUUCGUUUGUCUGGACGUUGCCAACGGCUACUCUGAACACUUUGUGGAGUUUGUCAAAACCGUCAGGGGGAGGUUUCCCCAACACACUAUCAUGGCUGGCAACGUGGUGACAGGAGAGAUGGUGGAGGAGCUGAUCCUGGCAGGAGCUGACAUCAUUAAAGUGGGUAUUGGGCCAGGUUCUGUGUGUACGACGCGCAUUAAGACUGGAGUGGGAUACCCCCAGCUCAGUGCUGUCAUAGAGUGUGCAGACUCCGCCCACGGCCUGAAGGCUCACAUCAUCUCAGAUGGCGGAUGCAGCUGUCCUGGGGAUGUGGCUAAGGCAUUUGGCGCUGGAGCUGAUUUUGUGAUGCUGGGGGGCAUGCUGGCUGGCCACGACCAGUGUGCCGGGGAGGUCAUUGAGAAGAAUGGCAGAAAGGUCCAGCUGUUCUAUGGGAUGAGCUCUGACACGGCCAUGAAGAAACAUGUAGGGGGAGUGGCAGAGUACAGAGCAUCAGAGGGCAGGACGGUGGAGGUACCGUACAGGGGGGAUGUAGAGGCCACCAUCAGGGACAUUCUGGGUGGUCUGCGCUCCACCUGCACCUACGUAGGAGCUGCCAAACUGAAGGAGCUCAGUCGCAGGACCACCUUUAUCAGAGUCACACAGCAGGCCAGCCACAUGUUCACAUAGAAGUAAAUAGACGGACGGAUGGACGGACGGACAACAUUAACUUUCUUGUUUCAAUUGUGCUGAUUUAACUUAAAAUGUAAAAGUGUGAAUCUACAGCAAUAUUUAUGUGAAUGCAUGCGUUUUUUAUGUUGCCUGUACACAAUAAACAGAAAGAGGAGAAACAGAAUUAAAUACCAACCUGGACUCAGAGGUAGACGUAACAUAGUAAACUUAUAUCCGUAACACUCCAAAUAGUAUGAUAUGUAACGUUUGGCAUGCUAUUCAUUUGUGGAUGUCCAUCUUCCAUUUCGUACAAUAUGUUACGAAUUUGCAAAACGUAUGAUAUGUUAUGAAUUCUAAUUUGUUGAGGCUAAAGUUAUCUAGGUGGCUAACGCUAAUGUUAGCCAGGUUAGGGGUUAAGGUUAGGAGUUAGGUUAAGGUUAGGGAAGGGUUAGCUAACAUGCUAAGUAGUUGCAAAGUUGCAAAAAUUCUUAAGUAGUUCCAAAGUUGCUAAUUAGAUAAAAUUCUAAAAUUGUCUGUGAUGUUAUUCAUACACACAGCCUUUGGGUUGCUUGAUGUUCAUGUUUUACACCUACCCAACCUGACCAACCACUCUACUUUUGUUUUUUGUCAUAAGUAACCUUCUGUCUUAUGUAACCAUACCAAAUGUAACAUAUUAUAAUAAAUUGAGUGUUUCGAAAUCUGGAUUUACUUUUACUAUGUUACGUGUAGUCUAUGAGACCAGGCUGGAAAAACAGAGUGCUAGAGUAUGUUACGUGUAGUCUAUGAGACCAGGCUGGAAAAACAGAGUGCUAGAGUAUGUUACGUGUAGUCUAUGAGACCAGGCUGGAAAAACAGAGUGCCAGAGUAUGUUACGUGUAGUCUAUGAGACCAGGCUGGAAAAACAGAGUGCCAGAGUAUGUUACGUGUAGUCUAUGAGACCAGGCUGGAAAAACAGAGUGCUAGAGUAAGCAGCUGCUCUGUUGCUCCUCUUGAAAGACGAAUGACAGAAUUUCAGUUGACUCUGUUAUUUAUUACUCUGAGUAUACAGAGACAUUACAUUUGUUAAUGUUCUUUUGUGUUUCUUUAAACAAAUUUGUUGAAAUCUAAAUGAAACGUUUUAAAAAAUGACCACUGAAAUAUUUUGUCCAUAAACCUGCAAAAACUCUCUAAAGAAAGAGACCAUAGAUCAUACAGAACAGAUUGGAGUAUAUCCUACAAAUUAAACCGUAAUACCACAGUUAGAAAGCAACUUUGAAGUCUUCAAUGCCUCUUGUUUCCUGUUUCCUGUUGUACAUAAAUGUAUCUUACAUAGGAGGUACACAAAAAAAGUUAUUUCACAACCUUUUUGGGGGUUUGCGGACCAAUGCAUGAACAUUUUUUAAAUCACAGAUUGUACAAUAAUAACAAUGAUCCUAUUUUGUAUAAUAUCUACAACAAUGUUUAUAUUUUAGCACAUACAUAUCUCAGGGAAAAACAGUCAAUGGGCGGUGUCUGUUUCUCUGCCAGUUCACCUGAUUAUUGGCAAGAUGCAAACAACAGUCUAAUAAUCUCUAUUCAUUCUAUUCUCUCUAUCUCUCUCUCCCUUCUCUCUCGCUCUCUCUCUCCUCUCUCCCUCUCCCUCCUCUCUCUCUCUCUCUCUCUCCCUCCUCUCUCGCUCUCUCUCUCUCAAUGAAUUUGAAAAUAUCCAAUUGCUUUCUGUGAUGAUAAACAGUUUUAUGAUAAUCACACACACACACACACACCAUUCCUGACUUCUGUAGUAAAUACUUUAUUUUGGCUGUAAGAAAAAUGAUAAAUAGUAUAAUUUUAAACUGAAAGAAAAGAGAGACACCUUGUGAGAAUUCAGUCUAAAGUAAGUUGGGUACACGAGUGGGUAGUGAGGCCAGGUAGUUACAGAAUGUAGAGAAAUGUCCACAUGCAUGUGCACAGGUUCCUCUGCUGUUGAACCUAUGGCACUGGUCCAUUUUCACUGAUGAUGUUGACUCUAGCUUUUUCACUUGACAGUACCAUGAUUACUCUGAUUUGCCUGAAUUAAAAGUAUGAAAAUAUA